AAAACGGUCAUUUGGGUGUUGAGCAGCCGCGAUGGCCGAGGAAGGCCUCAACGACCAGCUCGUCUCGCUCGUGACCGACCUCGUUCGGCGCGAAGUCGACGCACUCUUCACCUCUCGCGACGCCGCGAUCGCGACGCUGACGGCGCAGGUGCAGACGCUCAUCUCGGACGUCGAGCGCAUCACGGCCGAGCUCGAGGCGCGCGCGGCGUGGAACCGCCCCGUCGUCAAGUACGAGCUCUCGCCGGUCAAGGCGCUCGAGUCGCCGACGCGCAAGAAGCCUCCGUCGUUCCAGCGCCUUCCGUCGCUGCUCGACCUCGCUGACGACGCGGGCCGCAGCGAAGACGGGAAGCUCCUCUUCGCCAAGAACCUCCCGCGCGUCGCGAGCAUCGACAAGCAGACGCAGCGCGAGAGUGCGCAGCUCAAGCAGAAAGCCUACGAGGCGGCCGUGACCCGAUACCCCGAGUGCCGCAGCACCGUCUUUGCGCCGAGCUCGUUCAACCCGGCGCGGUCGACGCUCUUGGAGCCGCCGGCCAUGACGCUGCAGCUGCACCGGGCCACCGGGUACCAUCCGAGUGCCACUUCCAACGUCCUCUACUUGGCAUCCGGCGAGGUCGUGUGGUGCACGGCGAUGCUGGUCGUCAUGUACGCCAAGCGCCGCCAAGCGCAACGCUUCUACAGCGGCCACACGCGCGAGAUCACGGCGCUCGGACUCCACCCGAACCAAACCACGAUCGCGUCCGGCCAGUGCGGGAAGGACGCCGCUUCGAUCCUGGUCUGGGACGCGGUGCGCGCCAAGGACGACCCAAAUCACAUUCUCGCCACGCUCCGCGGGCAAACCGUCCAUAUCAAGAGCAUCAGCUCUUCCCACGAUGGCAAGCUUGUCGCGUCGCUCGGCGGCGACCUCUACAACUCGAUUUGCAUCCACGAGUGGCAAGAAGAGACGCUUUUAGUCAAGAUCCGAGGACACAGCUCCAAGGUGCACAUGCUCGCGUUCAACCCGUACCAGGCGUACGGCAUCCCAGACAAGACCAAGACCCUUGUGGCGCCGGCCAAGAACGGCAAGAGAGCCAAGUACGCGGUCGAGCUGCACGCGCAGCCGGGCCAAGCGCUGCGGGACGACGACGCCUGCUACACACUCGUGUCGUGUGGCGUCCAGCACAUUAAGUUUUGGACGCUGACGCAGACCGAGUACGUCCCGCCCGUGACCGCCGAGAAGGAAGACAGUGCGUUCUACGGCUCGUCGUUUGGCGGGCCGAACCGCAUGCGCCAGUUGACGCCCCAUGAAAAAGUGUGGAAGCUCGAGGGGAACCCGCCGUUGAUGAAGAGCGACCCGCAAGACUUUACCUACGCGUGCUUUUGCAAUGAUAUGCCACCACUUCAAAUUUACGACGAAGGCUCGGACCAGCUGCUUCCCUCGCCGACCGCCAAGGAGACGUCACUGGGGCGCCCGCGCAAGAUGCCUCUGUACGCCGCCCACGUCGCCGACCAAGCGAUCGUACCGCGCAAGUGGUGGGAGCUGCCGGUGACCGACUGGCAGCUCCAGGACGACACUUCCGCGCUCAUGCAGCAUCUGCACUUUGAACCCACCGCGAAGCUCGUCGAGAUCGUGCCCCACGACGUCGCCACCGGCAACAAAUUCAAGGUUUCGCGCCACACACAAGCCGAGCUCGCUGACCUGACGCAGCGGCUCGCGCUCAAGCCAGACGCCAAGUCCGUCUUGGAUCGGAUGCGGGCCAUCGAGUACAAGGGGCCGCUCGCCCACACGGCGCUCUGCUCGCACGUGGCGAGCGACGGGAAGCGGAACCGCGUCGCCUCGGUCGGCUACGACGGCCUCGUGCACAUCUGGAGCCUGCACCUCGUCGAGCCGAUGCGGGUUCCGGGCACCCAUACGCUCGGCGAGUACGCGCCCAUCGGCGGCGCGGCCAGUAGCUCGGACGGCCGACACCGCCUCCAGCUCGAAGUGUCGCUCGAGCUACCGGUGAAGGCCAAGCCCGCGAGCUUGUCGAUCCAAGGCGACGCGCUCCUCGUGGGCCUGGCCAACCACAGCAUUUACGAGUGCAUCUUGACCGACAACGGCGACGAGGCCGAGACCGACUGGGUGUUGCUCCAAGAAGGCGUCGAUGGCGCAGUUGUUGGCGGCGCGAUCGUCGACGACACGCUCGUCACGGUCUCGACGGACCAAUCGCUGCGCUGGUGGUCGCUGCCAACGCACGAGUGCCUCGGUCGCAUCGGGCUCCGGAGCAUGGGCACGUGCGUCGACGCGCAGCCGUCGACGGCCGAUGUUGCUGUCGGGUGUGCAUCCGGCGAGUUGCUGAUCCUGAACGCGACCGACAAUAUGGCCGAGAAGCGGCUCAUCAAGGUCGUCGCUACCGACGCGAUCACGGUCGUCAAGAUCAGUCCGGAUGCCAAGUACAUUGCCGUCGGCGGCAAGGACAACUGCGUCUACCUCGUCGACACGACGAACUACAAGCGCGUCGCCAAGUGCGAAGGCCACGCGACGUAUGUUGCCCACAUGGACUGGAGCGUCGACGGGUACCUUCUCCAAACCAACGCGGCCGACGGCGAGGUCCUGUACUGGCAAGUGACGCCGGGUCCGAGUCUCCGCCAAAUCACCGACGCGAUCCUUAUGCGCGACAUCCUCUGGCACCGGUGGAGCUGCGUGUACGGGUGGCCCGUGCAAGGCAUCUGGGGCGACGACGCCAGCGCGUGCACCGACAUUCUCUCGGUCUGUCCGAUCGACGUGCCGCCCAACGACCAGCGCGCCGUCGCCGCCGACGUCCACCACGUGCUCGUCGGCCACCGGUCGAGUCUCCGGAGCUUUCGCUGGCCCUGCCUGCGCUCAUCGCCGUACCAUAUCUACGACGGCCAUGCCGGCAGCAUCACGGCGGUUCUCGGAUAUUCGCAGGACGGCAUCGCCCGGGUGCUCACGCUCGGUGGCGCCGACAGCACGAUCCUCGAGUGGCGCGCGCUGCCGUCGACGGCAAAAAUGGUCGAGGCCACAAUAGAAGAGGAGGCACCGCAUGAAGCAACGGUGGCGGCGUGCGACGACGACGACGACGACGACGCCGUCACGCCGGUGCGCCCGGCGCAGACACCGGACCGCCGGACGCCGCGGACGCCGCGGGUCAAGGACGACGCCGUGCGCGAGACGAGCCCGGCGACGAUCGCGUGUCGGCGCGCCAAGUUUGAUUUUGCCGGCGAGCACGACGACGAGCUGAGCUUCCGCGCCGGCGAAGUGGUGCGGCUUCUGGACAAGCGGCCCGGCGACUGGUGGUACGGCGAGACGUGCAACGGCCAGAAGGGCAUUUUCCCAAGCGACCAUGUCGACGACGACGACGACGACGGUCUCGUCGCGUAG